AUGGAUACUUCAGCCAAGAGAUUUACACAUCGUCAGCAAUUUGAAAAUGUAACACCCAACAGCUCCGCACCUGCGUCUCCUCCUCUUGGCCCUCAAUCUCAAUCCUCUCGCUCUGAUUCACCUAUACCUUCCAAGGUAUCAGACAGUUCUUCAAGACAUUCAAACACACCUUCUCAAUUCAUAUUCAAAAAGCCAGAAUAUGAUAAACAUUACCAUCAUACACACUUUCAUCAUCAUCUUGAAAAAAAGGAUACCAUUUUCCAUGAAUUGAAACGAUUUUUCAAAAAGGGUGAAAAAAAGAAGAAAAGGUCAUUAAAGGAUAACGUAUCUGAAGGCAGUGGUGGCUCUUCUACGACGGGUAGUCAACUGUCGUUUGCAAAUGAUUUUAACAAGGAUAUUGAAAGACACUAUGGCAAAUGGGGAAAUUUUGUUGGUAAAGGUUCAGGCGGAUCUGUCAGGAUUAUCCGUCGAAGCCUUGAUGGCAAAACAUUUGCCGUCAAAGAGUUUAGAAAGCGAAAUCCAGGAGAAAACUACAAAGAAUACGUAAAAAAAGUCACUGCCGAAUUCUGCAUCGGUUCUACACUACAUCAUUUUAAUGUCAUUGAAGCACUCGAUCUAAUUCAGGAAGGACACUCGUUCUAUGAAAUUAUGGAAUAUGCGCCCAAUGAUCUAUUCAAUGUUGUCAUGAGUGGCAAAAUGACCAUGGAAGAAAUCAACUGUUGUUGGCGACAAUUACUUCAAGGUGUAGAGUAUCUGCAUUCGUCGGGUAUUGCUCAUAGGGAUCUCAAAUUGGAUAACUUGAUGAUGGAUGAAAAGGGUAUUAUCAAAAUCAUUGAUUUUGGUUGUGCAACUGUGUUUAAAUACCCAUUUGAAAGUGAUGUUCAUCUAAGCAAAGGUGUUUGUGGUUCGGAUCCUUAUAUUGCACCCGAGCUAUACACUGAUAAACAAUAUGAUGCCCGCAAGACAGACUUAUGGUCCUGCGGCAUCAUUUACAUUUGCAUGAUCAUUCGUCGGUUCCCUUGGAAGCUUCCUCAUCCCGAAAAAGACCAGUCUUACAGAAAUUUCGUGAAACCAGACAACAGUGGCGCAAAGCAAUUGUUUGACAUGCUGCCUUGUUACGCAAAAUCAAGCAUUUCUCGGAUUUUAGUCCCAGAUUCUCAGGAACGAUGCUUGCUUGUCGAUAUCUUACAAGACGAAUGGGUCAAAAGUAUAGAGACAUGCCAUCCUGAUGUGCCUGCACAAAAUCAUCCACACCAUUUAAUUGUUCAGCCAAGAAAAGAAGCAAUACAGCGUGGCAACAUUGUUGUGUUGUCAAAGCAAGAAGAGUAA